AUGUCCGUUCCAGCGAUAUUUCUGUUCUUGUUUGGUGUGUUAUGCUCGGUUGAAUCGCUGGACAAUGGCCUGGCAUUAACUCCUCCUAUGGGAUGGCUCUCAUGGCUUCGGUUUGGAUGUACUAUUGACUGUGACAGUCAACCUACGGAAUGCAUAAGUGAAAAUUUAAUCAUGAGAACAGCAGAUCUGAUGGUAAGCGAGGGUUACUUAGCAGCGGGCUACGAGUACGUUACCAUAGACGAUUGCUGGCUGGAGAAGCAGAGGGGGCCUGGCGGUCGUCUCGUGGCAGAUCGCAAACGAUUCCCCAGUGGGAUAAAAGCUCUAGCGGAAUAUGUACACAAAAAGGGACUAAAAUUCGGUAUCUAUGAGGACUACGGUUCCUCUACUUGUGCAGGCUACCCUGGUGUGGAGGGUCACGAGAAAAUAGACGCUGACACCCUGGCCUCGUGGAACAUCGAUUACCUAAAACUGGACGGCUGUCACACUGAUAUUCACACCAUGAGUGAAGCAUAUCCUGAAUUCGGAAGACUGUUGAACAUAACUGGCCGCCCUAUCCUCUAUGCGUGCAGCUGGCCAUUUUUUCAGGAAGUUAACAAUAUUCAGCCAAACUACAGUGAAGUAGGUAAAAACUGCAACAUAUGGAGAAAUUAUUACGACAUCAGUAAUUCCUGGGAAUCUGUGCUGAAGACAAUGUCUUGGUUCGGCAACAACCAGAACCGGAUAGCACCGUAUACCGGACCAGGACAUUUCAGUGAUCCAGACAUGUUGGUGAUAGGUAAUUCUGGACUAACAGUAGAUCAAGCACAAGUUCAGAUGGCGGUCUGGGCGAUCUUGGCCAGUCCUCUUAUGAUGAGCGUAGACCUAGCCAGCAUCAAGCCGGAGUUUAAGGCAAUCUUAUUAAAUCCUGAUGUCAUCGCUAUAAGUCAAGAUAAACUUGGUCAGCAAGGGCUACGGGUUUGGAAAGGUUCAACAUUCAGUAAGGUAAAUAAUUUGAAGUUUUGUAUUUGA